AUUGGUCGGGACUGGUCGGACGGUAAAUAGAUGGACCGAGCGAAACGAGCGACAUCUCCCCGGAUUACGACGCGACGAAACGGUUCAAAGCCAGACAGAGGCACACGGGAGGCCCCAGCUCAGAGGACGACUGCGAUGGUCACAGGGUCCACAGGUGACUUCAUCGCCCACUCUUCUUCGGUCCCUGCGCGUUAGCCCGGCACCCGUCCCCCGGCAGGCGGCCCAUGCACCCUCACGACACCAUGGGUAGUUCCCCAGAGGUGCUGUCCUGGACCUCGUGCCCGAGCCUCCUCGUGGGCAAGCUCAAGGAGGAGCUCAAACUGUCCGUGGUGGGCGACGCCAUGAAGAAGUCCUCCAACAACUCCCAGAACUCCCCGCAAGCCCCGCCCACCACGCAGACCCCGCCCCCUCAGAUCAUCACCGACCUGGCCCCGCCCACGCACCUGCCCGCGCCCCUGCUGACCCCCGUGGCCGACGAGGACAUGCUGGGAGGCGUGAGCCCGCAGAACGUGGCGCUGAGCGUGGACUCGACCAGGAGCGAGGGCGGACACUUCGACAACAGCGUGCUGCAGCUGCGCGAGCACGAGGAGGGGUCGCCCGGGUCCUGCGAGCACGGAGGGGAGGGCGGGGGCGGGCUGAGCGGAGGGGAGGAGCAGACGGGGGAGGGGGAGUGUCCGCACCAUCAGGGAGGAGGAGGAGGAGGAGGAGGAGGAGGGGAGGAGGAGGAGGAGAGGAGGCACCAGCACCCGCACCCCGACGAUAUCAAGCUGCACUUCCAGAGGGCGGGGCCGGGCCAGGGCGGCUUCCUCGAGGGGCUGUUCGGGUGUCUGCGCCCCGUCUGGAACAUCAUCGGGAAAACCUACUCCACCGAGUACAAGCUGCAGCAGCAAGACAUGUGGGAGGUUCCGUUCGAGGAGAUCUCGGAGCUGCAGUGGCUGGGCAGUGGGGCGCAGGGGGCGGUGUUCUUGGGGAAGUUCCGCUCGGAGGAAGUCGCCAUCAAGAAAGUGAGAGAGCAGAAGGAGACGGACAUCAAGCAUCUGAGGAAACUCAAGCACCCCAACAUCAUCAGCUUUAAGGGGGUGUGCACGCAGGCGCCCUGUUACUGCAUCAUCAUGGAGUACUGCGCUCAGGGUCAGCUGUACGAGGUGCUGCGUGCGGGCAGGAAGGUCACGCCCCGUCUGCUGGUGGACUGGGCCUCGGGCAUCGCCAGCGGAAUGAACUACCUGCACCUGCACAAGAUCAUCCACCGAGACCUCAAGUCCCCCAAUGUGCUGGUGACUCAGAACGACACCAUAAAGAUCUCAGACUUCGGCACGUCCAAAGAGCUCAGUGACAAAAGCACCAAGAUGUCCUUUGCGGGGACCGUGGCCUGGAUGGCCCCAGAGGUCAUCCGCAACGAGCCUGUGUCCGAGAAGGUGGACAUCUGGUCUUUCGGGGUGGUGCUGUGGGAGCUGCUCACAGGGGAGAUCCCGUACAAAGACGUGGACUCCUCGGCCAUCAUCUGGGGAGUGGGCAGCAACAGCCUCCACCUGCCCGUCCCCUCCACCUGCCCCGACGGCUUCAAGAUCCUCAUGAAGCAGACCUGGCAAGGGAAGCCGAGGAACCGACCGUCGUUCAGACAGAUCCUCCUGCACCUGGACAUCGCCUCAGCAUGUUCUGAUGUUCUCGGGACCCCUCAGGAGACCUACUUCAAGUCUCAGGGAGCGUGGAGGGAGGAGGUGAAGAAGCACUUUGAGAAGAUCAAGAGUGAGGGCACGUGUAUCCACAGACUCGACGAGGAGCUGAUCCGCCGACGCAGAGACGAACUCAGACACGCUCUGGACAUCCGGGAGCACUACGAGAGGAAACUGGAGCGAGCCAACAACCUGUACAUGGAGCUGAGCGCCAUCAUGCUGCAGCUGGAGGUGCGCGAGAAGGAGCUCAUGAAGCGAGAGCAGGCGGUGGAGAAGAAGUACCCGGGCUCGUACAAGCGUCACCUGGUCCGACCCAUCGUGAGGCCCAACGCUGUGGAGAAACUCAUCAAGAAGAAGAGCAGCCUGUCCCACAAGCCCGGACUGCCCCAGACUAAGAGGCCGGACCUGCUGCGCUCUGAGGGCAUCCCCAGCCUGGACCCGCUCCCCGCCCCCUCUCCUCUGUCGGCCAGCCCCAAAGUCUCCACUCCCCCAGGAAAGUCCCGCUACAGGAGCAAGCCUCGCCACCGCCGCGCCAACAGCAAAGGCAGCCACAGCGACUUCCCCGGGGCCCUCAGACCCAACGCGGGGCCCCUGGAGGACCCCGCUCACGACCCUUUGCACCCGCUCCAGGAGCCCCACAGAGAGGGACGCGACGGGCCCUUCCUCCCUCUGCGUGGCCGAGAGGAAGCGGUCGUUAACUGUGCCAACAACCUGCGCUACUUCGGCCCCGCGGCGGCGCUCCGGAGCCCGCAGAGCGACCACAUGCAGCGCCGCGUGUCAGGGUCCAAUCCCGACCUCAUCUCCACGGCGGUGGACGCACAGACGCGCCAGAGGACCCCGUCUACGGGCUCCAACCCGAGCGCGGGGGCCGGGUCUCUGUGUCCCUGCCAGGCGCACCCCUUCCCCGGUUGCCAGCGGUGCCAGGUCCCCCCGCCCUCCUCCAACCUCCUGGACGUCCCCACCUACCCCCAGGACGGCACCCCGGCCCCGGCGGCGCCCACCACAGACGCGGGCUCAGAGGCAGAGGACAGGCCUGUGGGAGGGCAUCCGGAGGGGUUCAAACCCUCCAGCCCGGUGCCCACCCCCCUGCCCCGCACCAUCAGACCACUCAGGAAGGGCGACGACUCUUCAGAAGAAGAGGAAGGAGAGGUGGACAGUGAGGUGGAGUUUCCACGGCGACAGAGGCCUCACCGCUGUAUGAGCAGCUUCCAGUCGUACUCCACGUUCAGCUCGGAGAACCUGUCUGUGUCUGACGGGGAGGAGGGGAACACCAGCGAGCACUCCCACAGCGGGCCCCUGGAGAGGCUCAGCGCCAGUCAGGAGGAGCACCUGGACGAGCUGCUGUCCCACACCCCCGACAUCCCCAUCGACAUCUCCACGCAGUCUGACGGUCUGUCCGACAAAGAGUGCGCCGUCCGCAGGGUCAAGACGCAGAUCUCUCUGGGCAAACUCUGCUCAGACGAACACAGCUACGAGAACCCUCUGCAGUUCGGAGACUCGGACUGCGACUCCUCCGAGGCCGAAUGCUCCGACGCCACCAUCAGGAACAACAAGGGCCCCCCCUCCUCGUGGUAACGGGGCUCACGGGGCCCCCUCCUCCUCCCCCUCCUCGCGGUAAACAGGCUCACGGGCUCGUCCUUCUCGAGUCGACGGGGUGCUCCUUCCUCCGGGCUCUCCUCCUGUCUGGAUGCCCUCUGCUCAGCAAUAACGAAACUCUCAAUCAGUCUCCCGAAGAACAGGCCCCGCCCCCAACCCAACCCAACCCUCCCCGCGCUCUCUUCCAUCUCCGCUCACUUGGCAUCCGGGCGACCCAUGGCAGGGAUCCCCCCCUUUUGAAUGAAACUGUACAGUAGAUUUAAGCAUUCAUACGUUUAUUUUUGUCCGAGUUUUGAAGGAAAAUUCAGGAUAAUCUUGUAAAUAGCAGAUAUUGUACCAUAGGUGGUUGGGCGUGAAAAAAAAACAAAACAAAAAAAACAAAAAAAAAAGACUAAACAAGGCAUUUGAAACCCCGACUGUGACUCGCCCGUCUGAACAACCAUUUUUAGCUUUCCAUGAGCUUAGCUAGCCUCCCAAAGCUCUCCCACGUUUUUUGCACUGUGGCCCGGAAAAAAAGUGAACGCUUGAAUUAACAGUAUGAACACCAGCAUGAACAAACGCAGACAAAACAAAAAAAACAAACUCUCCGUUGUUUUGUAGAACUUUUUCGCUGAGCUGUGCCGGCAUGGCGCUCGGACGACUAAUGCUAGCGCGCGACCGCAUGGAGAGCUAAACCGCGCCAUUCCCGUUUGUUUUAAUGGAGUAAACGGCAAAAAAAAAGAGAAAAAAACAAGUGAUUUAUUUUAUUUUUUUUGUUUGUUUUGUUUUGUUUUUGUUAUUCCAGUUGAUAUUUUGAGUAUCAUAGACAUCUCAGGAUCGAACCAGGACUGUGACCAUGUGGAGCGGACCAACCUGAGUACGGGGGAUGCAACGAUACGGUUUUUCCCGCGUAUCUCGAUACACGGGUCACGAUAUCGAUUCGAUUUCGAUACGUUUUAAGACGCGGGAAAAAAAUCUCAUGUCAAUUUUUCUGAGUAAAAUAUAAAAACACUAAGAUGCUAAUGAAACAAACACAAAACACUACAGCAGAACCACUGUACAAUUAAAGUUUACAGGCGAGUUUCAUUGUUGACAAAAGCGCGCGUCGCAUGCUGGGAAUUAUUUUGGUCGACGGCAAGAAACACUAAUUCAACAUGACGGACGGAGCGAGAAAGCACGUAAAGGGUAUUGAUCCCGGUUAUUUAUCCACUCUAACGGCAGAGGACCCAAGACCAUUUGACCAGAAAUUGGUCAUAAGCAUCGACGGACGACAAAUCACCCUUUUCAACCCCGACAAAAGGUGGACCAAACCAAAUUUCUGGUCAGAAUCACCAACUACCUGGACAAAUAUUCACUUUGGCGAUAUCCACAAUGACUUGGUGGAAACUCCUGGGCCAUUCACAGCAGAAAAGAUGAAAACCUCCAAGAGUCUCGAUGUGUUGUUGAACUUGUUGGAGUCCACGGUUUGUUAGGAUCUUCUACGUUUGCUCUGCGGAUGUUUGAUUUGUUCCUUCUUCCGUGCUUCUAUUUGUGCGUCCGAUAAUGCAACAGGAAUUUACCAUUAUCGGGGAUAAAUACGCGAGGUUACGCACUGUGUUUGACGCUACCGUGUUUCUUGCCUCCGACCAAACUAUUUCCCAGCAGCAACGCGGGCUUUUAAUAACAAUGACGUCAGCUGAAACUCACCUAUAUGUGAAGGAGUUUUAGUUCAUUUGGUUCAAUCAUUUACAGCUCAGAAUUUUUAUUUAGUGAAAAUAAGAACAGAGCUUUUCUCAGGCUGUUUUAUAUUUUACAAUACAGAAACUCUUAAUACAGACUGUAGGGGAGUGACACUAUCAGACUUUACUUUUUUAAUUCAUUUAUUAAUCAUUGCAUUUAUAUUUAUUUAUUCAUUUAUAUGUAUAGCACCUUUCAAGACGCCCAAAGCACUUUACAGUUCAUUAUUCAUUCACUCCACACCCGGUGGUGGUAAACUGCUGUUGUAGCCACAGCUGCCUUUAGUCCAGGGGUGUCCAAACUUUUUUCAUCAAGAGCCACAGAUCUAAACACAGACGAAGCAGAGGGACGAUCGAGGGCCGUAGACUGGAGCUCAAUACAGCGAAUAAUUGAAAUAUGUGCAUGUUUAACAAGGCAAGUUUAUUUGUACAGCACAAUUCGUAUACAAAGUAAUUCAAAGUGCUUUACAGAAUAAGAAAUACAUUAAAAUCAUAAUAAAAACAAAUCAAAACCUAAAUAAUUAUAAAGAUAAAAAAAAAAAAAAAAGAGAGACUUAAAUUGGAGAGAAGAGUGCGGAAUGAAAACCUUUCAGUUAUAUGCACAGUUAAACAGAAAUGUUUUGAGUCUGGAUUUAAACAGCAUCAAAGAAGAGGCGUUAGAAUGAGUCUUUAUUCAUGCUACAAUCCUUAAAACCACAAAUGAAAUAUCAAAUAUCGGCUUUGUCAAGGUAGAUUUAAAAAAAAAAUUAAAAAAAUUGCAGUAUAAAGUUUUUUUAAUUGAUGCAAGGUCAUUUGGGCCAAUUCAUCUGGAAGCCUGAGGGCCAAGAAAAAUUAGUUUGAGGGCCACAUUUGGCCCACGGGCCAUAGUUUGGACAUGCCAGCUUUAGGCAGACUGACUGAGGCGAGGCUGCCAAUCUGCACCACGAGUCCCUCCGACCACCACCAACAUCACUCACAUAAACACACACCACUAUCAUACUCGGCAAUGUGGAUGAAGUGUCUUGCCUAAAGACACAACGACAUUUUUUUCCACCGGCGCCUCCUGUGGCUCCUCAUUUUCCCAGUGUCUCCGUCCAAGUCCAGACCAGACGCGACUCUGCUGAGCUUCUGAGAUCUGACGGGAUCAGACUUAUUCGAGCCGGUGUUUUUGAUGAUUUGAUCAUUUUCUCGCUGCGUCACACGUCUGGACACUAAAACUCUGUUAAAUUACACAGAAACGUCUCACAGACUGUUUAAAGAGUCAAACUUAGAGACAGAGUCUGAGAAAAAGAUUGUGUUUGUCACAAGUGACGUUCGGUUCGACUACGAGCACAUUUGAUUAAAUUUGAAGUGAAGCAAAAAGUGAUUCUAAAGUAUUUAAACGUUAAUAUCUUCGUCAUUCCUGAGUCUAUAAACGUAAAAUAAAAAGUGACAGAAAGAUCAAACCCUCUGUUAGAAUAUUUCAGCUUUAAGUCUCUAUGGAGCUGUUUUCUUGCUGCAUCUGAGGAGGACGCCAAGAGAACCGUUUUCCUUUCGGACUAAAAGAAAUGACAACACGUGGAGGGUAUCGACACGCGUAUCGAAUCGUGGCACCAGUAUCGAACGAUUUGACCUUAUACCGAGUAUCGUUGCAUCCCUUCUGAGUACUGCAGGCGAAUGUGGAGGAGCAUCCAGGGAUUUUAAGUGCUCGGUCUCGAAAGAACAACCCUUUAUCACUGUAAGCGUGUGGCGAGUGGAGCGUCUGUGCGGUGUCCCAGGGCUGUGUGCUGCAAAACUACGCAAAAACUUUCAUUUUGUCUGUUCAUUACGUUAACUUCUUGGGGUUUUUCUUAAAGACUCAGAAACAACAACAAAACAACAACACGGGUCGCGACGGUUCUGAAGACGGCAGCAAGGUAAAGAAAAGAACCCAAGAAGUGAACCAACUACGAAAUGUUGCUUUUCCUUGUAGAUUUUUAUCGGCUGUUUUGACAAAUGAGCUCCUCCUGCUGUAUCCACUAAACUCUACUUAAGAAUUAUCCAAAAGAAAAAUCCACAAAUGUCGAACCUGGUCGCUUUUGUAAGUGACGAAGUCCAUUAUUAUCCCGCUAUAUUUAUCUACAACAUCUGCCGAUUAAAUGUGCACUAUGUAACUUUCAAAACACUUCUUACCUGCGACGAUCUCAGUUAAACACUAAAAAGAUUUCUAAAAAGUUUCUUGACAGAUGUUAAUACUUAAAACUAGACAGAUAUGUAGUAAUAAAACGAUGGAAAGAACAAAUUUUCCUUAAAAAAAACAAACAAAAUCCUUAAAUGUACGUCUAUAAUCUGUGUAAAAUGGUCAUUUAAGACCUUUUAGCCAUGUUAGAAGAGAGAUUAGUUAAGUUAGUUAGUUGUAAAUCAGUUGUUUCAUGUUUGAUUAAUCCUGCUUAGAAAGUUCCAGUUUUCACCUACCCCCUAUCUCCGCCCAUUUUUCUAUAUAUACUUUUGAUAAUUAAGAUAAUUCAGACUCUGGGUCAAACGUAGAGUUAAAGGUGCACUGCGUAACAGGCAAAACAGUGGCAUGUCCGUAGAAACUCGAGAUGUAACGAUGUCCAAAUCUCUCGGUACGAUAUUUAUUUUAUUGUGAUAUUUUGAAGAGGCUGAUAUAACUGUAGAUUGGACACGUUUUUGCUUUUAAAAUACCUUGACAAGAUUUUGGUGUGAAUUAUUUCCAUAAUAAUCCAUCCAUCCAUUUUCUCGUCCGCUCAUUCGGGGCCGGGUCGCGGGGGCAGCAGCCUAAGCAGGGACUCCCAGACUUCCUUCACCCCAGACACGUCCUCCAGCUCCUCCAGGGGGACCCCGAGGUGUUCCCAGGUCCAGCCCAGAGACAUAGUCCCUUCAGUGUGUCCUGGGUCUUCCUCGGGGCCUCCUCCCGGUGGGACAUGCCCGGAACACCUCCCGAGGGAGACGUCCAGGAGGCAUCAGAACAGACGCCCGAGCCUCAACUGGCUCCUCUCCACGUGGAGGAGCAGCGGCUCUACUCCGAGCUCCUCCCGUGUGACUGAGCUCCUCACCCUGUCUCUAAGGGAGACGCCCAGACGCCCUGCGGAGGAAACUCAUUUCUGCCGCUUGUAUCUGCGAUCUCGUCCUUUCGGUCACUACCCAGAGCUCAUGACCAGAGGUGAGAGUAGGAACGAAGACUGACCGGUAAAUCUAGAGCUUCGCCUUUCCAUAAUAAUCCCAAGAAUUCAAAUCAAAAACAUAUCUCUUCGUGUUUGCGCUGAAAUGAAUCAUGGGAAAUGUAGUUCCCGGUGUUUAUAAGAUGUUGCUUCUAUAAAACCACGUAUUUAAGCAAAGGAACUUAAUAAUCCGAUAUUAUUGUGAGAUUUUUGACGAUACGAUAUCACGAUAUUUCGGGUAUUGUUACUCCCUAAUAGAAAAAAAGUUCCAUAGUGCACCUUUAACAGUCUGUAACGUCGUUUUUAAAGCUCUUGUGUAAUUUUCGCACCUGCUGCUUCGGCUAAAAAAAAAAAAAAAAAAAGGCAAUACUCGCCGGCUCUCAGGUGGAGGUGCCCAGGUCCUCGGGCGUCUCGCAGGCUGGACUCGGCUCGUGUAGACCUCCCCCGGGUUUUUGGGUCCACCACUGUCCUCAGGUUUAUUCUGUUGCCUCUUCGAUGACGGACAGAAGCAAUACACGGACCUGCCACUAGAGGGAGACAGUCAAAGCAAUCUUAGAAAUGAAAUGAAUUAUUAUUUUAAAAUGUGAUGAUGAAACUAUUUAAAUUCUGUGUUUUAUUAAUUUAUGUUUAUUAAUUUGUUAUCUGUCAAAUGUUUACUCUUUUUUUUUUUUUUUUUUUUAAAUGGAAGGACCUGUUAACCUGCUGCUUAAAACAGACCAAUAUUAAUAAUAGCAAUAUUAAUUUAGCACUUUGAUGUUCUUUUUUUUUUCAUGUUUAUUAUUGUUCUUUUUAUGUGUUAUUUAAAUUGAAAAUAAGUACCGUACAAUGCCCUCCACUUUUUAUUUCAUUAACAAAUAUAAACGAAAAUCGAAAAUAGGUUGAAUUGUUGUUGUUUUUUUAUGUUGCUAAAACUCAGCUAAAAGUUUUAAAAUUUGACAAUAAAACUUUUGGUAAAUGUUUGUUUGAACUGACAAAAAAAAAAAAAAAGUUGUAGAAAUAUGGUGCUAGACAAGAAUCUGUGUGUCAUUCGUUCAUUCGUUGUUGUUUUUUUUUAAUGAAACCAAAAAUAAGAAAACGUUCGAUUAUUUGUCUCUAAAUCCAAAAUGAAAAAAAAAAAAAAAGUAACGAUUAAUUUUUUCAGUUUUUUGAUUUCAUCCUGGUCAGGUCCUGGUCUCAGUCCUGGUCUGGUUCCCGGUCAGGUCCUGAUCUCAGUCCCAGUCUCAUUCCUGGUCUGGUCCUGGUCUGGUCCCAGUCUCAGUCCUAGUCUCAGUUCUGGUGUGGUCCCAGAUUCAGUCCAAGUCUGGUCCUGAUCUCAGUCCUGGACUUGCUCCUGUUCUGGUCCUGGUCUGGUCCUGAUCUCAGUCCCGAUCUCAGUCCCAGUCUCAUUCCUGGUCUGGUCCCGGUCUCAUUCCCAGUCUCAGUCCUAAUCCCAGUCCCGGUCUCAGUCCCAGUCUGUUCCUGGUCUGAUCCCAAUCUCAGUCCUGGUCUCAGUUCUGGUCUGGUCCUGAUCUGGUCCCAGUCUCAGUCCUGGUCUCAGUCCUGCUCUCAGUCCCAGUCUGUUCCUGAUUUGGUCCUGGUCACAGUCCUGAUCACCCGACAGUCUGUGUGGGCGCAUCUUCGGGCCCGUCAGUCCUGGUUCAGUCCUGGUUCAGUCCUUUAUCCUUUUUAUCCAUUUUUCAUUUAAACUCAAAAUUGAAAACUGAAAUCAUUAUCCAUUUUUAUCAUUUUGGUUUCGGAGACAAAUAAUGAAGAAAACCAUUGUUUGUUUUUUCAUUUUCUUAUUUUUGCUUUAAUAAAAAAACAAAAAAAAAACAAUGAACAAAUGACACACAGAUUGCCGACAAGGUUGCCCACGUCCCCUCUACUGUUUCUCCGUUUACAAGUGAAGGGCAUUGUUUGUUUUCUUGUUGUUUUUUUUUUUGACCUGGGACACUGCACUUGAGUUAUGUCUCCCUUGUUUGAGGAUGUGACGUUUUUCUGUGAACCUAAAAUGUGCGUGAGUGUACCGGCCGCUCACAACUCCCCCUAGUGUUAGUUUGGUGUAAUGAUUAUAAUCAUAUGAAGAAAAAUGUACCGUGGACUGUCCCUUGAAGUUGACGUUAAGAUAAGUUCCAAGAAUCGCCAGUAUCGGACAUUUUCCACCAAGCAGAAAGACUGCACUAUUCCAGAGUCGAGAAUAUCGCAAAAAUAAUCAGUAUUCUGUUUCUAUUCUCGGUUGUAUUAUGAGAAAUAUCCGGUGUAAUAGACGCAUCAAGAGUUUCGGACAUCCAGGUCAUCGUGCAUUGACAAAGUCGAUCUUUUCAAGUCUUUUGAACCAGGUCGCUUUUGUUUCUGGUUCUGAUAUUGUCAUGUUUUAGUUUUUGGGAUUCGGACAUCGUUAAUUGUGUGGUUGUUGGAUCCUAACAGCGGAAAACAACUCGAGAAAUUUGUUUGCGAACUCCAUAAAUGGGUCCGGUCAAGUGGUAACGGAGGGAAACGGGCAGAUUUUUUAUAUAACUAGUGGUUCUCACUUACAUAUCCUUAACAAACUGGUUUGAAUAUUUGCUUCAUAUAGUUUUCUACCAUAUGGUACAAGAUUAGGUUGAAAAAACUCUUACUUUUUGACUCAUGAGACUCUGGAUGAUUUCUUAGUCAGACAAAUGUUUCCUUUUUGGUUCUUCCUGUGGAUCAAUCCUGCCCAUCACCUUCACCUUUCACUAUUUUUCAAUUCUGUCGGGAAGAGAAACAGUUUGAACGGAGGUUUGAGUCACACACAUCUGAUUCACUUUUACAUUUAUGAAGUUCGCAAACAAAUUUCUCGACCCGUUUUCC